UAAAAAUUACUUUGAGAGCCUUAUGACAACAUAAUCAAUGUGUUUACGUCUCUAGCUAUGGGCUUUGCUAAAAUUUGUGAUUAUAUAUAUAUAUAUAUCCAUAUACAUGUGAAAACAUGGCAAUAAACAGAGUCGAAAUUGGUAUAACGGAAGAUAUAAUUGGACGAGAUUUUUGCAUGUUCUUAAAAGACAUUCUUCACGAACGUAUUUAUAGCGUAACUGCUAUUAGCCGUUUCGAUAUUACUCAGAGUAUUUUGACAACGUUUCUAAAUUUCAAAUAAGUUUUCAAUGGCGUUACUCUCAAGUUUUGGCCAAACAGGCCAUGCACAAAGAACCGUCUUCUCUUAGCUUGACUAUAGUCAAGUAUGAAAAAUGGCUAAUUAAACUUCUGCGAUUUUACUCAGUGGUUGAUACCUUCUUAACUUCAUAUUAUCGAAGACAGUAGUUUCCUUAGAUGUUUUUUUAGGAGUUCUGCAAUAUUCUCUUGAGCCCCUACACACUUCUCGAAGAAAUGAAACCCUUAGUCCAUAAUUUGCUUCUUAUAAAUACGCCAUGAAAGUAGGCCCUACAAAUUUUAAGUGUUCUCUCAACGUCUGCUACAAUACGAAAUGUACUUCAUUUUGAACCUUAACCAAAAUAAAUGCUUCAAAUUUAAGGCAACCCGAAACCUGGGUAUGUUUUUUAGACCCAACGUGAGUACACUACGUUUCUACAACGAAUCACAUGCUCCUUACCGUUACUAUCUUUCAAACAUUUCUAACGAUCUACAUAUUUUCUGUACUGCUAAAACUGUGUCGGUUCGUUUGCCAGACAGCUUCAAAUUGAUUCGACCGAUUUUUUGUGGAUCAGUAAACUUUUGUCAUGAGAUGAAUUCGAAAAGGAAUUUUCCGUAACGCGUGGCGUUAAUUUGGUUUGUCGUUCUAGUAUCAAGUACUUUAAUUUUCCACAUCUGAAAAAAUACGCUGGUAUGUAGUUUAUACAGGUAAACUAUGAUGUGCUUAAUUGCAAAACAGGCGCGGUACGAAGCCUACAAAGUCUGUGUAGUAACCUUUUUUCCAUAUUCCCAAGAAAACCGGACGGCAGUCAAAGUAAAACUGCGGCCGAGUAGACAUAUUGUUUAAAUCUUGUAAACUAAAUGUGCUGUUGGAUAAAUGAAAAAAAGCUCCCAAAAAUCCGCGCGAAAGUUGCGAAACCAACCUUUGAUAUCUGCCUCUCGUCGUCUUUUGAAAUCACCCGGCAAAGCUCCUUAAGGGAAGCAGAACAGAGUGCCAUUGAAUCACACGAAAAGGCGCGCUGAACAGCUGAGAUUUGCAUUGCCUAGCUAAAGAUCUAUGACUGACCAGCUGAUUUUGGCCAAGCCAAUUGUUACUCUUAUGAAAGCUUCUAAAUAGAUGUCUCGGGUCUCAUUUCCGGUCCGACAGCUGAAAUUAAGCAUUGCUUGUGACGGCUCUCACCUUGGAUUUCACGACCAGCCAUGUGUUGACACCCGGUUUCGAACGCAUAUUCUGCGGCUAACUGAGAACAUUGGAAAUCAUCCAUCCAUUCGCUGAAUGUAUUGGUGGAAGCGCAAGCCCAGAUAGUACAGGAUCUCUGUUGUGGUCGUUGCGUUUUGUCCGUCUAUUUAUCCAUCCGUCGGUUUGUAUGUAUUUUGUUUGUAGCGAGGGCUGAUGCGGGUGCAAUCGAGUUUUGCUGGCGAAGCACUGUAGCGGCAGCAGCUGCAACAGCGGUAAAAAAAGAGUUUCUUCGCAAAAGACAUCUGGUGCAUAAUGUCGUACAACUACAUUGUCACGGCUCACAAGCCAACUGCAGUGACCGCUUCGGUAACAGGAAACUUCACUUCACCGACAGAACGAAAUCUGAUUGUGGCCAAGAAUACUCGUCUAGAAAUAUCCACAAUAACGAUUGACGGCCUCAAGCCAAUCAAAGAGGUUAACAUCAAUGGACGCAUUUCGGUGAUGAAAAAGCUACGCUACCCAGGCGAGCAGAAGGAUCUCCUAUUCUUUCUUACAGACAAAUACAAUGUUGCCAUUGUUGAGAUACAAAGUGAAGAGUCCGGUGAUGUCUUCGAAGUCAUCACGCGGGCGCAUGGCUGUGUUAUGGACCAGUAUGCUCGGGCCUCGGAAGCAGGCAACCUUGUUGUUAUCGAUCAGCCCAGAGCCCGAUUGAUUGCGCUUCGCCUUUACGACGGCUUACUUAAGGUAAUACCUUUGAAUCGGGAGGCUCGCGAGUUGCGCUCGUAUAACAUUCGUAUGGAGGAGAGCCAAAUUGUCGACAUGUGUUUGCUGCCAACACCAGGAAGCGGAUCAGUGGCGGGACCCUCGGGCGUGGGGGUAGCUGGAGGAGCUCGUUCAAAUAGCUUACACGGUGAUCAGCCUAUUCUCGCUGUUAUCCACGAGGAGCAGCAAAGCCGACACAUGAAAACUCACUGUAUUUCGCUUCGAGAAAAAGAACUUGUGAAGGGACCCUGGUCCCAACGAAACUUGGACUGUGAAGCAGAAAUGCUUAUUCCUGUUGAUGAUGCCGAAUGUGGAGUUAUAAUCGUUGGUGGUGAAACUAUUGUCUACCAUUGGGGCUCCGACUACGUCGCAGUCGCUCCAACGCUUAUGCUUAAUACUCAGAUGCUGUGCUACUGCAAAAUUGAUACGAACAGGUACAUUUUGGGAGGAUAUUGCGGACGCAUCUUUAUCCUGGUACUACAUCGCGAGGGUAACCGUGUAACGAAACUUACACUCGAGCUAUUGGGGGACGUCUCAAUGGCCGAAUCCCUUUCAUAUCUAGACAACGGCGUUGUAUUUGUGGGUUCGCGUUUAGGCGAUAGUCAGUUGGUGCGGAUUCGACCAGAAGCACCAUUUGUUGAAGUCCUGGAAAGCUAUACCAAUCUCGGACCCAUCAUCGAUAUGGUCGUUGUUGAUCUCGAAAAACAGGGCCAAGGACAGCUAGUGACGUGCUCAGGUUCGGGCGUCUGUGGUUCCCUUCGGAUCAUUCGUAAUGGAAUUGGAAUUCACGAGCUGGCCUCCGUUGAACUUAGCGGCAUAAAAGGUAUAUGGCCUCUGCGUUUGAACACGUCACAGCUCAACACUGCUUCCACACCAGCGACUGGUGCGAUUGAAACAGGUGGGGUAACCAGUGCUUCUAGAACCGCUGAAAGUGUAGGCGACUCGUCGCCUGUUACGCAGAAAGAAGACACUUUGGUUCUGUCAUUCGUUGGUCAAACCCGCGUCUUCAGCUGUAGCUCUGCGGAUGAACUCGAACAGAUUGCUCUUCCGGAAGCUUUCGAUAGUGAUAGUCAGACGUUCUGCACGCGAAACGUCAUUGCUGACCAGGUUGUCCAGAUUACUGACCGACAUGUAAAUCUGAUUUCCGUGGCCAGUAAAAGUAAAGUGUUCCAGUGGCGUGCUCCCCAGGACCAGCUAAUCACGCAGUGUGCCUGUAACGACGUACAAGUUGUCGUGGCCCUCCAGAACGAACUUGUCUAUCUUGAGAUAGAGGAGGGAAAUGUGAAAGAAGUGAGUCGAAGAAUCCUCGAGCACGAAAUUGCCUGUCUUGAUGUCAAUCCAUUGGAUAAGGAAGGCAGCCGUACGGGCUUUGUCGCCGUUGGUCUCUGGACAGAUGUCUCGAUCCGAAUCCUUUACCUGCCUGACCUCGAGGAGGUGUUCAGACAGGACCUUCCAAAGGAUGUUAUUCCGCGUUCGGUACUAAAAAUUACAUUUGAGGGUCAGAUGGAUUGUUUGCUGUGCACCCUAGCCGAUGGUUCGCUCUUUUACUUUGCAAUUGAAGCAAAUGGGCAGCUCGGCCGACAAAAACGGGUUACUCUAGGAACCCAGCCUACUACGUUACGAAAGUUCAGAUCUCAAAGAACGUGGAGUGUUUUUGCUUGUUCAGACAGACCAACGGUGAUCUAUUCGUCGAACUCGAAACUCGUUUUCAGUAAGGUAAAUCUACGAGAAGUUAAACAUAUGUGCUCCUUUAGUUCUGAGGCCUUCCCCGAUUCGUUAGCAUUGGCAUCAGAGGAUGAAUUCGUCAUUGGAACCAUUGAUGCGAUCCAGAAAUUGCAUAUCCGAACGGUCCAUCUUGGUGAAUCGCCAAAGCGCAUCGCGUACCAGGAGGAUACAGGAACAUUUGGUGUUUUAGUAUGUCGCUCCGCAAUGCUGUCGGCGAACGCUGGACCUACGGGAUUCCGAUGCGCAAGUCUCGACGCGCCAAAUAAGUCUCAAGUGAGCGCGUACAGUUGGCAAAAGGACUUCUCAAACUAUGGCCAUCCAGCAGGCGGUGCAGAUCGAGGAGAUGGAAGCGCGGGGGGCUCAGGUGGCACCUCUUCGAAUGCCACGCUUCAUCGUCCUUCUAGCUGUGAUGAAACGUAUUCACUGCUUAUUCUUGAUCAGAACACUUUCGAGGUGUUGCACUCGAUGCAAUUCUGCCCGAACGAGUUUAGUGUGUCGAUUUGUUCAGCUCGUCUAGGCGGAGACCCUCACCCAUACUACGUUGUUGGUACAUCAUUCGUGAAUGCCGAGGAAUCUGAUCCGAAGAUCGGUCGAUUGAUCGUGUUCCGCUGGCACGACAACCGGCUAGAGAUGAUCGCCGAAAAAGAAGCUUCUGGUGCGCCCUAUUGCAUCCGGGAAUUUCAACAGCGUUUACUCGUUUCGAUCAACUCAACGGUACGCAUUUACUCAUGGAACGCCGACAAAGAUUUACAGAACGAAUGUACGCACUUUCACAACAUCAUUUCUCUACACCUCAAGUGUCAGGGGGAUUAUGUCCUGGUCGGCGAUCUUAUGCGUUCCCUGACGUUACUCAGCUUCAAUCCUGGCAUCACAUCUCUUGAAGAGCUGGGCCGUGAUUAUCAGACCAAUUGGACAACAGCCGUGGAGAUUUUAGAUGAAGACACGUUCUUAGGGGCCGAGACCAACAUGAACCUGUAUGUGUGUAAGCGAGACGCGUCCGCUAACGACGACGUGCGGCCCCACAUGAACGAGGUGGCUCAAUUCCAUUUAGGGGAGAUGGUUAACGUAAUUACAAGAGGGAGUUUAGUGAUGGCACAACCUGGCGACAUGCCACUACCUCUUAACAAAAGCUUUUUGUACGGUUCAGUCCACGGAACCGUCGGGGUCCUCGUUCCGAUCAAGCAAGAACUCUACCAGCUACUAAAUGAUGUACAAAAUAACCUAUCGAAAAUUAUCAAGUCAGUCGGCAAAAUUGACCACAGCUCCUGGCGGACGUUUGUCGCUGACCGUAAGGUGGAACCGGCGGUGGGCUUUAUUGAUGGUGAUCUUAUCGAACAGCUACUGGACUUGCCUCGAGAGGCUCUCAGACAAGUAGCUCAAGGUAUCAGCAUUGAUGAGGAUGGCGUUAAGCGGCCGGCCACUCCGGAAGAUCUAGUUAAGCUCGUCGAGGAUCUCACAAGGAUUCACUAAUUGUGGCUCAAGGAGAGGGCGAGCAAGAGAAUGAAAAAGGGCGAAUCGCUAUUUACAAAAAAAUUAACGUUAACUUGUCAACGAAUGCUAAGUAUUUAGAGUACCAAUUUCCAUAAGCUCAAGUUUUUGCCUAAAAUGUCGGUCGGUUUAAUGGAAGCGAUAACUAUGUACUAUAGGAACUGUACUCGGGAUAAGCACACGAACAAAUGAAGAAAACGACAAAUAUCUAGUAACAUUUUUUUUAAUAGUUGCUUGAGAUCACAGAGUAUUUGGUUUAGGUAAUUCACACUAAAUUGAUUAAUGAAUUAGAGACUUCCUUCUUUCCCUGGCCGCUACAUAAUUAGUACACGGUACGCCGUCAAAUUUUAUGCUUAUCAUGAUGCAUUUUGGUAUCGUAAAUACUAACAAGAACAUUAUUCUUAUUAUUAUUACAACUCAUUAAAUGCAUAUAUAUAUAUAUAUAUAUAUAUAUAUAUAUAUAUAUAUAUAUAUGUAUUCUGAAUAACUUUAAUAUUUAUUAUUCAGAAUGGUGCGUUCCUCGUCACUAGCGAGGUUGUGGGUAUAAAAGCGGAAUAGUUAUAUAAAUAUUAGAAUGAAUCGCUUCUACUUGUAAAUAAAUAAAUGGUAGUAUAAACAUGCUUUGUCCA